CAUAAUAAAAUGGCUAAUCAGGUGAAUGGUAAUGCGGUACAGUUAAAAGAAGAGGAAGAACCAAUGGAUACUUCCAGUGUAACUCACACAGAACACUACAAGACACUGAUAGAGGCAGGCCUCCCACAGAAGGUGGCAGAGAGACUUGAUGAAAUAUUUCAGACAGGGUUGGUAGCUUAUGUCGAUCUUGAUGAAAGAGCAAUUGAUGCUCUUAGGGAAUUUAAUGAAGAAGGAGCCCUCUCUGUAUUACAGCAGUUUAAAGAAAGUGACCUGUCGCAUGUACAGAACAAAAGUGCAUUUUUAUGUGGAGUUAUGAAGACCUACAGGCAAAGAGAGAAACAAGGCAGCAAAGUACAGGAAUCAACGAAGGGACCAGAUGAAGCAAAGAUUAAGGCUUUGCUAGAGAGGACUGGUUACACUUUGGAUGUAACUACAGGACAAAGGAAAUAUGGGGGCCCUCCUCCAGAUACUGUAUAUUCUGGUGUUCAGCCUGGUAUCGGAACAGAG